AUGGGCGGCGUUGCACCCUGUGCAGGGGAGCAGUGUUGUGCAUCAGAGCCCCUCGGGACCUUUGCAGAGGUCAGGCACAACUGUGGCUUCAAGGAGGAGAUCGUGCCUCAAAUAGUGAAGCAUUCAGCUCUGGAACCAAAGUACGAGAAGACGCUGGCACAAUGCCUUGCCACUUCGCCCGCGGGACACAGCGAUGUCUUUCUGGGCAGCUCCGUCUUCCAGCCGCCGAGAGGCUCGCCGUCCCCUGCAUCCCGCAGGAACCGAGAGGUGCAUGGAGAGCUCGAGGAGAGCCCCAGAAGUCAAGAGGAACGAGAGGUCACCACGCUUCGUUUGCUGCUGAAACGGUUCGUGCAGGAGACCGUGAGGGGCCAGUCCUACCAAGUUCUCGUUGCCGAUGGUAGCGCCGAGCCAUGCAAGUUGCUUUUGGCCCCCAAUCUCCAAUACUUCCAACUCGUGACAGAUGGUGUGAUUCACGAUGUUCCACUGAAGUCCAUCAAAGAUAUCUGCCCGGGAAGGACAAUUCAAACCAAGCACACGCCCGUCGACUUAGAUGAUCACUGCGCCACCCUUGUCUUACGAAACAAUGAGUGUGUCACUUUUCGCCUGACCUGUAUCCGAGAACGUGAUGAGUUUAUCAGAUGUGUCAAAGUGCUGGCGCUGGCUCUUGACUGA